AUGCCAAGUACGAAUGCACUCGCCGAAUCGGCUCCUGCCCUACCCGACAAACGUAACAGCAUUAAUACAAUUUUCCUCUCUUACACUUGUUAUGCUGGUUCUAUUACCGGGUCGUGGUCCAUGAAGCCACUGUGGUCAGGUGCUGCAGAGUACAGUCUUGGAGUCGCCAACGGCAACACCAUCCGACUUCAGACGCUAGCUUUCUCUCCUGCAGAGCUCGAAUUGGUGGACGACGGCGAGAGUAUCUUUAAGAUUGUCUGCACCCCGACCCCUACAGCUACUGAGAAGGCCCUCCUAGGCCCGUUAAACUAUCCUAACGCUGUGGUGCGCGACAAACAGAACCUCAUUGCCGGGUACCUCCUGGAUGAACCAGAGCUGAAGGGCAUUGCUGUCCUGACCGUUCCCACCUUCAAUGUGCGUAACAGCAACGCGAAGUAUGCCUUUGACCUGUUCAAGCCCCUUUUCCGCAAGAAGGCGCCCUACUUUGCCUCGCGGAUCCGUAGCAUGAGGCCUCUUGAACUUCAUGACGCCGAAUCAGACAUAUCAGUACCAGCUCUGGGAGGAAGUGUAGGGUCCUACGAGCAGCUGGGUUCCAACAUGUCGAGUCUCGCUUCCCUCGACUUUUCGUCCUCCGACGACGACACGCCCAUUCACGCAUACAGCGAUGCGAAGGAUGAGGCCAGCUCUCCGUUCAAGUCGGAGGAUGUUCUCAUUAUUACCGACGGAGUCUGCAGUUCGUCCUGCCCCAUCUUCAUUGAGAUGAUGAAAUACGAAGGCGUCAAGACUGUUGCAUUCGGAGCCGUCCGCAGUAUGGCCCGAUGCAGUGGAUGGGCGGCACUCGGGGCGGACAGGUCACCCAAGGGCGAUUCUCGCCAAUACGUUCCAGUAUACGUUGGAGCUUGGGAGAAGGUGUUGAAUUCUGAGGAGCUUCAACCCCUGAAGGCGUCAGUCAGCCUCCCCCUCGAGUGUCCAAUUUGA